AUGUGCCGCCUCGUGCUCUUCGCGGGCACCUGCACCCGCUGCAACGAAUCCCUCACCUGGGCCGACCUCUCCCAGCAGCUCUCGUGCCUCGAGGCCAAGAACGCCGACAAGUUCGGCUCGUGUCGGCGUGGCGUCGACGUCGAGACACACGCCUUUGACCAGGAAUGCGACGCCUGCGCCGGCGAGGACGAAGGCGUUGCCGGUAUGGACUUUGUAUCAGCAAUACCAACACCCGUCAUCAGCAGCAUAUACAGCAGGAUCGUCGUCAUCGGCGUCAAUACCACAACCCGGCUCGAGCAAGAGGGGCCGGGACGAAGGGGAGGGAAGGAAGAAGAAGAAGGCGAGAACGUGAAAGCUCGAUGA